UUAAAUCAGUUCCCUUACUUUUCUUGGUUCGAUGGCCUGAGGUUCAUCCUGUCAGGCCGUCACUCGAAAUUUCUUUCUGCGAUCGAUCAGCUAGGGCAUCAAAUCUUGCAGGUCAAAACAACCAGCUAAAAUUUUUGACAUUUAACUACUUUAAACAAUCGGCUAGGGCAUCCAAGGAGUAUGGAAGGGGAAUUGCCCAAUAUAAAGAAAUGGAUUGUUUUGUACCCUGUUUACAUGAAUUCAAAAAAGACAGUGGCUGAAGGAAGGAGAAUUAGCUCAAGCAAGGCAUGUGAAAAUCCUACUUGUGCUGAAAUUGGCGAUUGCUGCAGCUAUCUUAAACUUCCCUUUGCAAUUGAGAUAGACAAGGCAUAUCCACGUGAUUUUAUGCAGCGAGGGAGAGUGCGUGUAUUGCUUAAAAAGGAGGAUGGGACUCCAUUUGAUCCUUCCAUUACAUCCAGAAAAAGUCUAAUGCUUCGCAUUGCAGAAAUGGUGCCCAGACACCAUGGAAGAGCAAAGAAACAGGAGCCUACAUCAACAUCAGCGGGAACCUCGAGCAACAAAGGUGGCAAAGGUGGGAAGAAAAAGAGAUAAAACCCUGCUUAGAAGUUAAAACAUUGACCAAAAGGGGAAAAACCUGUUUAAAACUAUAGCAUGCUGAUGUCAGAAUGUUUUGCUGAGUUCUAGCUUUUCGGUCCCAAAUUGUUUGUCAAUCUAUCAGCGGACUGUGAUCCAUCUAACAUUCGAGAUUCUUCCUCUUGCAUCUGAAACAUUUUCUUAUAUUUUUUCUGUUAAAAAAUGUAAGUUAUUUUUAAUUGAAUAUCAUCUUUUAAUAAAGUAGUUAUCUACUUUUAAACUAA